AUGCAGGGCGAGCUCAUUGCGAUUGUCGGCGCCAGUGGCAGCGGCAAGAGCACCCUGCUAAAUAUUCUUGCCGGACUGGAUCGUCCAUCGGCUGGAGGAGUAUGGGUUGGCCAGCGAGACCUGCUUAACAUUACUGAGCAGAGCCUGGUCCAAUACCGCCGCCAGGACGUAGGAUUUGUGUGGCAGACCACGGCCCGGAAUCUGCUGCCCUACCUGAAUGUGGCAGAAAACAUGGACCUUCCCAUGGCCUUGUCGGGGCGGCCCCGCAGACUCCGCAGGGAAUGGUCUGGCGAGUUAUUAGCCGCGUUGGGCAUAGGAGAUAAGGCGGGCCGCCUGCCUCAUCAACUGUCCGGAGGAGAGCAGCAACUCACCGCCAUCGGCGUCGCCUUGGCCAACCAGCCUCCGUUGCUGCUGGCUGACGAGCCCACCGGAGAACUGGAUACCGCCACCGCUAUCCGGGUAUUCGAGAUGCUCCGGACCUUGAACCGGAGUUUUGGCGUAACCGUGAUCAUAGUUUCCCACUACCCCGGGGUCGCGCAGUUCGUGGAUCGGGUGGUGCACAUCCGGGACGGGCGCAUAAGCUCCGAGACAAUUUCCACCGCCUCCUACCAGCGUGACGGCUCGAGAAACGAAGAGGAGUUCCUGGUGGUAGACGAUGCAGGGAGGCUGCAGUUACCCCAGGAAUUCGCUGAUCGAUUUACCCACCGCGGCUUGGCGCGAUUGGACCUUGAAGACGGGCAGGUCACGCUCAGGCCUUCCGGUGGCAGCCCUGGCACUGGCCAGAGGCCGCAAGAAUGA